GACAAAGACGCGAAAAACAAAUCGAAGCAGAGGCGAUCCAGGACGACCUUCAACAGCCAGCAACUUGCGGCCCUCGAGCGAGUCUUCGAGAGGACCCACUACCCCGAUGCCUUCGUCAGGGAGGAGCUGGCUAGGAGGGUCUCCCUCACCGAGGCCCGUGUUCAGGUCUGGUUUCAAAAUCGGCGGGCCAAGUUUCGUCGUAACGAACGAACCAUCCUG